CGCAGGGCUGCCCCCCUUUGCUAAUCGCCCUCUCACAUCGUUCCUUUUGCUUCUGGUGGCGAUCCUUUUUCCUGUUCCACGUUUCUUUGCCUUCUUAAUUGCGGACCCAUCGCGGAUUGGACGCAUUUCGAAGCUGCGAUGCAUAUACACUCCUACUGGUUGCAGUGAGCUUUCAAGAACAACAGAGAGCGCAUUUCUAGAUUGCUAGAGUUCUUCACAUGAGAUUCACAGAAAUCAAAUCAAAUAGGUGUCCACCAUCUCUCCGCAGUCAUGAAGACCUCAAUAUCCUCAAGUAAUUUUAUUCUGCGAUACAACUCCAAGACCGUCAUUUCUCCCGUCGCCAUGCGUUAUCUGGCCCAGCCUACGCAUGCUCUCCGGCCCAAAAUUGCCCAUAUGUAUGCCACACGUGAUCGGAAUACCCUCUGGUGGCGAGUGUCUAUGACAGAAUUACUGCGAUUCAAACGGGUUGUCCGUUCGUGGAUAACCAGGAGAACUCGCGCCACCAUCUCGGAGGCUCUGAAGGAACGCGGAUUUGAUCGCGAGGGCAGAAGGAUUGUUAGGACUGGUCAACCAUCGGAAGCAGGAGCGGAUGCUAAUACGAGAGGCCUAACUGGGACCCUGGAGGUCGUUAUCCGCCCGCAAUGUAUAACGGAGGACUCUAGCACGGUUCAGAAAGAAGUUAGCACUCUGUUAGAUGACUUGAUUGAACGCAUUCGGCAGCAGGCGAAGCAGUCCGACCAGCAGCAGAGCCCAGGACGUGGAGUAGAGACGCGCAUUAGACGCAAUCCAGGCAGGCAAUAGUACUGAUGCAGAAAUC